AUGAAUAUCAAACAUUUAAGUCGAACAAAAAUUAACAAAGCAAAUAAUUUCUUUACAGGAAAGCCAAUUGUACUUGACAGUACUCAGAAAAUAUUUUAUGGCAUAAUCGAUAACCAAACAGAUAUUUGUUUAGAAGUAUAUAGCGUACCUAAAUUUACAGAAAUACAACUUCAAGAUAGUAAUGGUGUCAUUUUAAACAGACAGGGAAAAGUCACAAUAACAGAUGAAACAGCUGUCUUUAGACAAAAGUUUCACAGCAAAUUGAUUAGGUUAAAUGGAUAUCGGCUAAAAAUUCGUUUCUCAACGUUUUCUGAAAAAGAUGUAGGAAACUACUCUAUGAAUAUUGAUAAUAGUUAUGGAAAGGAUACAACAAACUUAACAAUUCAGGUUGCUAGUCCACCAAACAUACCGAUGAAUGUUUCGAUUAAACCGUUGGUAAAUGCUGUCAUUGUAAACUGGCAUAAAAAUUUUGAUGGCGGUUUUGAACAAACAUUUUACAUUGAAUUCAAAAUUGAAAGCAAAAGAAAUUGGAUUAGUGUGAAAUCAUUCAAUACGACACCAUCUGCUGAAGUAUCAUGGCAAAUAUCUGGACUUAGGUCAAGUCAGACAUACUUCUUUCGAAUGUUUGCCCGAAACUCGUUGGGUGAAAGCAGUAAAACAGAUAUACAGAUAAUUCAGACGAAAGGCAUUGGACAUAAUGAAGGAGGCAUGCUCAUUAUUUACGCUGUAAUAAGCAGUGCUGCAGUAGUGUCAACGAUGAUCCUAUCUGCAGUGCUCUAUUAUUGUAUAAGAAGCAGAAGGUCUUGUGAAGAGACAGGAAAUACAUCAAGGGCCGUAACCAUUGACAGUCCAAAUAUUUAUGACGAAAUUCCUUCUGAUAACAUUCCGGAAAAUAUAGUUCCCACAAAUAAUGCGGAGGUGCAUGACGAAUCGAUGAUUAUUUCUGAACCGCGAAUACUGGUCGAAAGUCAAGUGGAUUCCCAUUUCGAUGCAUGUGAGUCUCAGAGUAAAGUAUAUCAAGUGAAUGAUGAUUAUUUACAUCCAUGUGUAAAAGGGCAGUCGGAGUCCGAUUCAUGUGGUUCUGGAAGUGGUGAUCUUCAAAUAAACCCUCAUUCUUUAGAUCUAUUUGCUAAAAGACAAUCCGCGUUCGACUCCGGUUCGUGUAGUUCUGGGGAAACUCCUCAAGGGGAUCAUGAUUAUUUACAUCCAUAUGUAUCUCUGCAGCCCAAUUGGAAAGAAAACUCUAAAGAUGAAGGUCUGUACAUGCAACAGAUUAAAUAAUUUACGCGUUAAGUAUUAUUGUAGAAAUGGUUGAUGCUAAUUGUUCGUUUCAAUAUAAAUGAUAACAAUAAAACAACAGCUGGAAUAAUGGUAUUUCUUUAUUAGGUAGUAGAUAUAGAUUUGUAUUUUUUUAACACUUCCCAGAUUGCUUGCUAGAUAGAAUAAUGUAGAAGUUGUCAAGAACAUUUGAUAAUUUUCUUUAUGCAGUUAAAUACAAUGAUCUGCCAAAGAAAUUAGUGAAUGGCCAGUGAAUUCAAAUGCCAUAAACAAGUCUGAUAAUUUAUAAAACAAACAAUAUGCAUCGGUUAUAAAUCUCCACUUAGAUUAAAUACCAAAGAGCUAGAAAUAGGAAAUAAAAACAAAUUUCAUCAAGUCCAUUUUUCCAAUAAAUGAAAUUGGAAUGUCCGUACUGAAUAUUUUUUUACUUAAUCUUACAAAAAAGUAUCAUGAGAUGGUAAAAAUUAAAGUUCUUGAUGUAUUCUUGAACAAUAACAUCUGAUUUAUUUGACAAUUUUUUGAAUAUGCGGACAUCUUAUGGAACUCUUGAAAUAAUAAUGUUUAAUACUCCUCUUGACGCACGCUGUAUUGUCAUUGAUGUAAUACACGCACUGUGUCUUCGACUUUCUCUUUUUUUGUAUCAGCCUUUCUUUGAAUAGUAUUUACAAAUUAACUGCUGAACCCCAUUAGGAAAAGUCAAUACUAGUCAUAAGAGUUCUUUUGAAACCACCAUCAGAGUAUUUAUGAGACUAAAUAAUUGGUUCAGUAGAAAUAGAACAUAACGAUAUAUUGGUAUACACAUUAACGCAUAUACCCGUUCAUAACGGAUUCUGAAGAAAAAAUACUACACAAAUAACAAAUUCGUUGUCAAAAUCCUAACGUAGUAUUAUGUAUAGCAUCGUCUUGGACAAAUACAUUAUGCGCACUAAAGAAUGAAUCCGAGUUAAUUAGAUCCUCAGCGAUACCAUCUGGAUUUAGUCGACACCUCAAUUAAUAUUGUUUCCGUCCAAGUUGACACCAUUAUCUUGCCUUUUGACUUAACCGUACUCUCAGACAAUACAAAUACCAUUUUGUUUAAUUUGAUAAAGACAUACAUUAUUCUAAACAUCCGUCUCAUUUCUAAACUGUUUUUCUUUAUUUUCUAUUUCAUUUUGCAUAUAUAUUUGUUGCAGAGCCUACAACUGUUAACAUUAUGUUCAAGCACAUUUUGAUGUUGUAUAGUUUGUAUAUUACAUGUAUUUUAAGACAUAUUCUUUGCUAGUGUCUAAAUCCUAGAUAUAUAUUUCAUGGAUUUGUAUUACAUUACAAUAUAAAGUUUUGUUUAAAUAAAUAUAGUUAAAACUAAA